UGAAUUGACGCCAAUAAUGUUGCGACAUGGGAAUGCGGUCGGAAAAGAUGCUUAGCGGAACAAGACCGUAAGUAGGGACGGAAAACCCUAGUUGAUAGACCUGAAAAGAUUGUUCUAUGACACAGUUUUACUUCGCAAAGAGAUUGAGGAAAUCAGUCGGCGGAUAUGAGACAACCAGUAACGGCUGAGUAGACUCUGGGCUAGGCUAUAGUGAUGCUCAAAGGACACUGCCUAUUCAAACUGACAAUUACACACCUCUGUGGAAAUUGAUAGAUGUUUUUUGUUCUACAUUGCAUUAAAUGUAUAGCCUACCACAUUUUGUGCUAGGCUAUUUGAAUGCGUGUUAACCUAAUUAUUUUGUGUUGCGUGCCUACAUGGAAUCAGACAGCUAGAAAUGUCUUUGUUGGAGUUGAAUAUACACCUGCGCCAGCGGCGUGGGGUAAAACAUACGCCUACUGAACAGUGAGAGAAUGAUUCUCAUUUACCGGGAAUGAACACCACAUUUAUCCCGUGUCAAAACGGUAGUGGUGUUCUUAGGAUUAAAUACUACGAUGUUACAUGGACAAGACUCCGCACAGUGGCGGAAUGUCUGAGACAACUAGGCUGCUUUUUGAGGACUGUUGCGAGCUGGGUGGUCCUAACCAGCUGCAUGUGUCCAUGGGGCUCCAGGCCCUACAGCAGUCUCUCCAGCCCCUGGCGGAAUGCUACCCAUCCAUGGGGCGACCAUGGGGCGACCAUGCUGCGUCGCUCCAUCACAGAUGUGAAGGUCCCCAACAAAUCAGAGACUAAGCGCUACAGCGAGAUCUUCCGGGACUUCGAUAAUUUUGAACUCUCUUUGGUCAACUCCACUGUAGAGGAAAUGUUUCCAGACCCUGACUCCCAGUCGAUUGCUGAGACCGUCUCUACGGAAACCACAGACAACACUGAGCUGGAUCAUCUGACGUGUGAGGAUGUCUACCCCCCAGAUGGUGAUGACAAAGAUGGAGGUCUAUCAGCCCAGGAAGCAGACCUGGCCCUGUGUCGCUGUGAGGGAGGCGUGGAGCUGGCCCUGCAGUAUGCCAAGAUGUGGUGCCGCUACGCCAAGGACCUGCUGGCCUGGAUGGAAAAAAGAAUCAGCCUGGAGCAAGAGUUUGCCAAGAACAUCGUAAAGGCAGCAGAAACGGCUAAGUCCUGUGUGACUCAGCAGGACAUGAUGCCUCUGCAGUACAUCUACACCAUGGCCCUGGAGCAUGAUGUGAAGACCAGCCAAUCUACUAAACAGACAUCAGAACUGCUGCAGCAACGCUGCUACCAGGCCCUGGCAUCCAAGAAGAAUGAGAUUGAUAAGUGGCGCAGGGAGUUCAAGGAGCAGUGGUCCAGAGAACAGAGGAGGAUGAAUGAGGUGGUGGCGGCUCUGAAAAAGGCUCGUCAGCAGUACCUGCAGCGCAGUGAGGACCUGGAGAAGACCAAGGCUGUGACGGCCAAGGCCGGGGACGAGCUCACAGCGGGACACAAGACCCUGGACAAGAGGAGGAAGUCACGUGACGACGCACAGUCAAAGGUGAUAGAGGCAGAGAUGCAGUACAGACAGUGUGUGUGUGAGGCCCAGGACCACCAGGACAAGCUGGAGAGCUUGAAGGAGAAAAUCAUCGUUCACACCCGCAAACUCAUCUGCCAGGGGGACACUGUGCUCAAGGAGGCCACAGUGAACAUGUUCUACUUCCAGCGUCAGCAGACAGAGCCGGUUCCCCUGGGUUACCACAACCUGGAGUUGACCUGCAGGCCUUGUGAACCCGGGGAGCCCUACCUGCUCUACAUCUUUAGGAAGAGAAGCCAAGAACAGCCCCUACAAACCUUCACCUUCCAGGAGUUUGUCCCUCAGAACAAAAGUGGCCGUCGUAAGACCAGCAACCCUAGCUCUCUACAGGACUCCUCCCUGCCUGAAGAAAGUCUGGUUAAACGUAAGGGCUACAGUGACAGUGAGAGCAUCGGAGGCAGUCUGGAGUCUCUGUCCAGCCCAGCCCAUGGCAACAGGAGGCUUCCUAAAGCCCCCUCCACAGGGACAAUGUCAUCAGACGACCUGGAUGAGAGGGACAUAGGCACCGUCCUGGAAGGAGAUUGUGUGGACUCCACUCCAGAAGGGAACGGUACGGCGGGGAAGGUACGGACUACGUCCCGAGCCGCACUGACACACCGACUCAGGAAGAUGAAGAGCAAGAUGGUGAAGUGCAAACAGUGUGACAAUUACAUCGUGGUCAACGGCAUCGAGUGUGAGGAGUGUGGCAUGGCGGUUCACAGGAAGUGUCUGGAGGUGUUACAGCAUGAGUGUGAGAACAGGAAGGGUGUUCUGUUUGGGGUGGGUUUCUCCCUGUUGCCCCGGCACCGGCCUGAUGAGGUGCCCUUCGUGGUCCAGCGCUGCACGGCCGAGAUAGAGAGCAGGGCCCUCACUCUACAGGGGGUGUAUCGUAUCAGUGGGUCGAAGCCUCGCAUCCAGAAGCUGUGUCAGGUCUUCGAGACCCAGAAGGACCAGGUCGACCUCUCUGACCUUUCACCUCAUGACGUCACCUCAGUCCUCAAACACUUCUUCAAGGAGCUUCCAGAGCCGCUUUUGACCUUUGACCUGUACAAUGACUUCAUCUGGGUGGGCAAGGAGAUCCAGCGUCUCAGUGAGAGGGAGGCGACAGCAGAGACUCCUGAGAUAGUGGAGGACCUCACAUAUAGCCUGAGAGACCUGCUGGGGAGACUGCCCCCAUACCGCUACUACACACUGCAGCAUAUGAUGUGUCACCUCCACAGAGUAUCAGAGAACUACGAGGAGAACAAGAUGUCUCCCAGUAACCUGGGCAUCGUGUUUGGUCCGACCUUGCUGCGCCCGCUGGUGUCUGUAGACGUGUCCAUGGUGGCCCUACUGGAGACCACCUACCAGUCCCUACUGGUGGAGUUCCUCAUCACACACCACCAACACAUCUUCGACGCUCCACCUCCCGCCCCCACCACCCCCCUCCCUGACACCCCUCCCCGGGCGACGUGUUCAGGCGGGGCCCAGAAGACUGUUACAGGGGCUGACCCUGGCUCUCAGGACCCCCCCGCUGGAGGAGCCUUGUCCAGAGAACGCCCCCGCUCUCUAGAGACUCGCACAAUCAAGAGAGACUUGAAUGAGGGUUAUAUAUCUGACAAGUCGUCGUCCAAUGAGGCAGUGGACCAGCUCAGCCCUGAAGCCAAUGAGAGAGCAGUCGUGGCUGUGAGGGGGGCGUCAGCAGAGGCUGCUGCUCUGGGUGAUCUGGUGUGGGGUCCAGACUCUCCCUCUGUGGGGACCCAGCCACAGAGCCACUUCAGUAGGCAGCCUGUCAAAUACCAGCGCCAGCCCACCCCGGGUCUCCGCCGCUCUGCGGGCACUACCAGGGCUGGGCUGCUCGGGGAAGAGGAGGAUGAAGAAGAGGAGGAUGAAGAGGAGGAGAGGAGGAGAAACCAGUCGAAGAGCGAAGACAGCAGUCGUAGCCCCUCCCCUGACCCUGGUAGCCAGAGAAGGAGAAGCCUUCGAUUGGAGCUCCACCCCGAGACCACCGCCUACCACCUGCUCAGCCAGGCUGGAGGCCACGCACCAGAGAACCAGACAGAAAGAGAGAAGACACGCCCAUAUGAGGUUCCACAGGGCAGACUGCGGGCGGGGACAGUGGUAGUAGAACCCUCAAUAGCUGCAACAGCAGUAGCGACACCGAGCACCGGUACUCAGGAGGCGUGGCUUAGGAGUCGGUUAGCCACAUUGUCUCAGCUGAACGUGAACCAGUCCAAUAACAGUCAGGGGUGGUUGGGUGAGAGGCGGAGACAGGGCGGAGAGGAGGGUCUGAGUGGCCCGGCCCAGAGGAUCCUGUCAGGACUGAAGCUCAGACGCAGCCCCUCAGGACUGCAGCAACACUUUGUCUGAGGAAGGAUGAAACUUUAAACCAUAGAAUUGGAACCACAUUCGAGAAUGGACAUUCCUCAUUCAAAUCAACGUUUCGUGACUGGCAUGAUUCUAUUUCUAUGGUUAAACCCCUAGAAGGGAUGAAUUGUACUGUGUAACUUCAAAUGUUUUUUUACAAAUACAGUGAAAAUUUACAUCCGCUCAUGAUUACUCCAGAAUACUCAUAAAUAGAGAACAUACAUGAUUACUCCAGAAUACUCAUAAAUACAGAACAGUACCAGUCAAAAGUUUGGACACACCUACUCAUUCAAGGGUUUUUCUUUAUUUUUUACUAUUUUCUACAUUGUAGAAUAAUAGUGAAUACAUCAAAACUAUGAAAUAACACAUAUGGAAUCAUGUAUUAACCAAAAAAAGUGUUGAACAAAAUAUAUUUUAUAUUUUUCAAAGUAGCCACCCUUUGCCUUGAUGACAGCUUUGCACACGCUUGGCAUUCUCUCAACCAGCUUCAUGAGGUAGUGACCUGGAAUGCAUUUCAAUUAACAGGUGUGCCUUGUUAAAAGUUCAUUUGUGGAAUUUCUUUCCUUCUUAUUGCGUUUGAGCCAAUCGUGUUGUGACAAGGUAGUGGUGGUAUACAGAAGAUAGGCCUAUUUGGUAAAAGACAAAGUCCAUAUUAUGGCAAAAACACCUCAAAUAAGCAAAAAUAAACAACAGUCCAUCAUUACUUUAAGACAGGAAGGUCAGUCAACCCGGAAAAUUUAAAUAAUUUUUUAUGUUCCUUCAAGUGCAGUCACAUAAACCAUGUGGACCGACACAGGAAAGGAAGACCCAGAGUUACCUCUGUUGCAGAGGAUAAGUUCAUUAGAGUUAACUGCACCUCUGUUUGCAGCCCAAAUAAAUGUUUCACAGAGUUCAAGUAACAGACACAUCCCAACAAGAAACUGUUCAGAAGAGACUGCGUGAAUCAGGCCUUCAUGGUCGAAUUGCUGCAAAGAAACCACUACUAAAGGACACCAAUAAUAAGAAGAGACUCGCUUGGGCCAAGAAACACGAGUAAUGGACAUUAGACAGGUGGAAAUCAGGCCUUUGGUCUGAUGAGUCCAAAUUUUAGAUUUUUUUGUUCCAACCACCGUGUCUUUGUAAGAAGCAGAGUAGGUGAACAGAUGUUCUCUGCAUGUGUGGUUCCCACCAUGAAGCAUGGAGGAGGUGUGAUGGUGCUUUGCUGGUGACACUGUCAGUGAUUUAUUUAAAAAUCAAGGCACCCCAUUUUCUCCCUAAUUUUGUGGUAUCCAAUUGGUAGUCACAGUCUUGUUUCAUCGCUGCAACUCCCGUACGGACUCGGGAGAGACGACGAUAGAGAGCCGUGCAUCCUCCGAAACACAACUCAACAAUGCCCACUUAACCCAGAAGCUAGCCGCAGCGUGUGCAAAGCACCAAUAUGUCGGAGGAAACACUGUGCACCUGGCGACCAUGUCAGUGUGCCCGCCACAGGAGUCACUACUGCACGAUGGGACAAGGACAUCCCUGCCGGCCAAACCCUCCCCUAAGCCGGACGAUGCUGGCCCAAUUGUGUGCCGCCCCAUGGGUCUCCCGGUUUGCGGAAUUCAAGGCACACUUAAAAAAAACACACACAUAAAAGCAGCAUGGCUACCACAGCAUUUUGCAGCGAUACGCCAUCCCAUCUGGUUUGUCCCAUCUGGUUUGCGCUUACUGGUACUAUCAUUUCUUUAGGGAGUUUGGUUGAGUUGGACCAUAGAAUGAAGGAAAAGCAGACAACGAGUGCUCAGCAUAUAUGGGAACUCCUUCGACUGUUGGAAAAGCAUUCCUGGUUGAGAGAAUACCAAGAGUGUGCAAAGCUGUCAUCAAGGCAAAGUGUGGCUACUUUGAAGAUUCUCAGAUAUAAAAUCUAUUUAGAUUUGUUUAACACUUUUUGGGUUACUACAUGAUUCCAUAUGUGUUAUUUCAUAGUUUUGAUGACUUCACUAUUAUUCUACAAUGUAGAAAGUAGUAAAAAAUUAAGAAAAACCCUUGAAUGAGUAGGUGUGUCCACACUUUUGACUGGUACUGUAACUCAUCACAGUGAUGCACAUGAAUGAAAAGCUCAUCAAAGGGCCUACUCGCACACUGUCCAUACGCACUGUCUAUAUACAGGGCCAAAUCUUGACUUUACAUAAUUAAGGCCUAUACUAUAUGUAUAAUUUGCAUCAAAACAUGUAGUGUAAUGAUAAUCAACAGAAGGACUUCCGUGAAAAUUCCAGUCAUGCACACUGUCUUCAACAGAAACCAAACUGAACCAAGUGGGGUGGGACCUACCUGAAUAUAUCCAAUAGAAACUCUGGUAGCACUUCCUAAUAACUCCACGUAAUAAAGAAUUUGUAAUGGAUUAGUAAAUAGAUUAUUCAUCAUUUAUUCAUCAUUACUCCAUUCAUAAGACGUUUAAUAUAGGUCAUUUAAACCAUUUUAAUAAUCAUUAGUUAGGUCUUUUUGCAUGGCCUCGUCUAAAAGUGUGUGCUAUUUACACUUUAUAGGUACUUUAGAAUUUCACAAGAAGAUGGACAUGCCAUUGGUAGACAGUCCAGCUGUACCUGAUGCUCCUUAAGGUCUGAAAAUAGCCUAGAAUAUACAGUAUCAAUGGUAAAAGAACAAGGACACAACACAGGAUGUUUAAAGGUGCAAUGCAGAUGUUUUUAUCUCAAUAUCAAAUCAUUUCUGGGUAACCUUAAAAUGGUCAAAAAGAAACAAAAAAUUGCUUCUUAGCAAAGGGAAAUUUCUCAAGAAAGAUUUUUGCUAGGAAUGUCUAGGAGUGGUCUGGGUUGGAGGGGAAACCUAAAAAACUACAGUAGCUGUUAUUGACAGAGAGGUUUGGAACUCUUUCUUCAUGGUCUAUUAACUCAUUUACCGCCAGGCAGGCCAAAAAUGUGUCCCACCAAAACAGGCAAAAAAAAAUAAAGUAGAAGGGAAUUAUCAUAAUUCUCACAAUUUCACAGUAUUAUUUCAACCUCAUAUUGUGGAAAUAUAUAUGAAACACAGGAAAAUCUAGUGUUUGACUGCGCUGGGCCUUUAAGGAAAUAUAUCAAACAUUUUAUUCACGAAAACUGUUGUAAAACAACUAUUGCAAGAACAUGAGGAAGAGUUGUAAAUGUAGAGGUCUGCACCAGACUGAUUUAUUCAUCCCGCUCCUGCCUGCACCCGCUCCCGCCCUCACCCGCAGCUUUCCACUGCUGGCUUUCUCUCCGACUUCCACCCGCUACUGCAAGAACUGAUCCCGAACCCAACUGCAGUCCCGCAAUGUUCUUUUAGGCUUAUGUGAAGCAGCUCACGCCACCCUGUCUCCCACGGGAAUGCAGCCCUCUAUUAUAAUGUGAAUGUUUUGCUAAUGUUGUCAACCUUGGUUGUUCUCUCUAUUCCUCCAUUACUACCGAUAGGCCUAUGUGAUUGAGGUAGAUAUGUUCCAUGUAUGAUUUGCAGAUAUAAAUGUUACAUCUAUAACUUUAAAAUGCUUCCAGUGCUUCAGUCCUUUAACCACAGACUAUUUUCACACGGCUUCGUUUGGCGGCACUUUUACUGGGCCUUUAACGGUAGUAACUCUUUAAACAUAAUGGGAUAAUUCAGCGAAGUUAUGAAUUCAGAUAUUUGUUUCCCUACCUCGCACGCAGUCUAUAGACUGCUCUAAGGCGUGACUGCAAUCCACACUUUGGUUUUGGUAGAAAUAUCACUGCCAAGAAAUGCUAACUUUAGCAUUUUCAGACAAUUUUUUAAAUUUUUUACUCAGCAUAGAGUGAGUCUGAAGUCACACAUCACACUAUUACUACAGUGUGACUGUUUUGGAAUAAAAUGUUCAAGAUAUUUAAACAUCGUCUGUAUUGUGUGCUUAUUGUUUAACCGUUGGUAUGUUCUAGGGGACUUUUUGAAACCUUCAGUCCUAGGAGGUACUUCUAGAAUGUCUACCGAUGAAUGACAUGUCCAUCUUUUUGUGAGAAAUUACACUGGUCACUCAAAGCAUUUAUAAAGUAUAAAUAGCCCACACUUUAGAUCAGGCCUUGCAAAAAUACUUAACUAAUGAUUAGAAAAUGGUUUAUACAGACCUAUAAAAAAAAAUUGCCUCUCA